AUGCGGACAUCCCGAGUGUCGAGAGAAACAGCUCGUCUGUUUGAUAAUGCCAGCACAUCGCCCUCUCCGCGUCGGUCGACGCGAUCUCUAGCGCGUUUCUCGUACGGCGCGCCGUCAUCGCCAUCCGUUAAGAACGAGCCCGCCGAUAUUGAAGACGCCGUCAGCCUACCCCGAGCGAAACGAAUAAAGCGAGAGCAUGCAGAUGCAGACGCUACUAUAAAAUCAGAAACAGAAGACGUCAAAGUCGAAGUCAAAGAUGAGGAAAGUCCGGGCACGAAGGCCCCUCGUCGCCAACGCAAGCCAGUACGCACCACAACGGAUCGUAUAACCGGACAAGUCAAGGUUGAGCCGCCAUCCGAUUGGGAAGCAAUGUACGAGGCCGUACGGAGAAUGCGCGCUCCUGGAGGCGCGGCAUACGGAGCAGCCGUGGACACAAUGGGCUGUGAGCGCUUGGCAGACAGGUCCGCAUCACCGAAGGACCAGCGCUUCCAAACUUUAAUAUCAUUGAUGCUAUCAAGCCAGACAAAGGAUACAACGAACGCCGGGGCCAUGGCCAGGUUACGAAACGAGUUGCCGCCACACAAGCCAGGAGCCGCGAAAGGCUUGAACCUCGACAACAUCCUAGCGGUUGAGCCGCGCCUGUUAAAUGAAUUAAUCUGGGCAGUCGGAUUUCACAACAACAAGACAAAAUACAUCAAGCAAGCAGCAGAGAUACUACGGGAUAAGUGGAAUGGAGACAUUCCAGACACAAUCGAAGGUCUUACGUCUUUGCCUGGCGUAGGCCCUAAAAUGGCAUAUCUCUGCCUCUCAGUGGCUUGGAACCGAACCGAGGGAAUUGGAGUCGACGUGCACGUUCACCGCAUCACCAACAUGUGGGGAUGGCAGAAGACCAAAAACCCUGAGGAAACUCGCCUCUCUUUGCAGUCUUGGCUGCCCAAAGAUCGUUGGCGAGAGAUUAACGGGUUACUCGUUGGUCUAGGACAAGCUGUCUGUCUCCCAGUGGGUUCAAAGUGCGGCGACUGCGAGCUAGGACUAAAGGGCCUAUGCAAGGCGGCGGACAGGAAGAAGGUUGCCGAAGGCCUUAAGCGGCUAAAGCUUGAAGAUGACGAGAAUGUGAAACUUGAAAAUAUCAAGGCAGAAGAGGCUGGUAUUGUCAAGCAGGAUCCUCAACAGAACGGGUUGGAUGAUGUCAAGCCUUCCUUGGAGAAUGUCAAGACAGAAAGCAUCGAGAACGGAGAACAGGCGGUCACAACGAGCAUUAAGAAAGAGGAGAAGCACGAAACGAACGGCAUUAAUGGCGUUAGUCCUGUCAAGAAGGAAGAAGAAUCUGUGAAGAGAGAUGUAAAAGUAAAGAUUGAGGAGGACUAA